AUGCCUCCAACCCACCCCAUACACCCCCAACAGCCUCCAACCCACCCCAUACACCCCCAACAGCCUCCAACCCACCCCCAACAGCCUCCAACCCACCCCCAACAGCCUCCAACCCACCCCAUACAGCCCCAACAGCCUCCAACCCACCCCAUACACCCCCAACAGCCUCCAACCCACCCCAUACACCCCCAACAGCCUCCAACCCACCCCAUACACCCCCAACAGCCUCCAACCCACCCCCCAACAGCCUCCAACCCACCCCAUACACCCCCAACAGCCUCCAACCCACCCCAUACACCCCCCAACAGCCUCCAACCCACCCCAUACACCCCCAACAGCCUCCAACCCACCCCAUACACCCCCAACAGCCUCCAACCCACCCCAUACACCCCCAACAGCCUCCAACCCACCCCAUACACCCCCAACAGCCUCCAACCCACCCCAUACACCCCCAACAGCCUCCAACCCACCCCAUACACCCCCAACAGCCUCCAACCCACCCCAUACACCCCCAACAGCCUCCAACCCACCCCAUACACCCCCAACAGCCUCCAACCCGCCCCACACACACCCAACAGCCUCCAACCCGCCCCAUACAGACCCAACAGCCUCCAACCCGCCCCAUACACCCCCAACAGCCUCCAACCCACCCCAUACACCCCCAACAGCCUCCAACCCACCUCAUACACCCCCAACAGCCUCCAACCUGCCCCACACACCCCUGACAGCAGUCUCUGUCUGCUACUGGUAUUUAGGCCACCAGGGGGGUCAGGUCAGUUCUAUGAGUGUUCUUCAGGCCUCUACUAUCAAACCUACAGACGGUCACGCAGAGCUGGGGACAUGCGGAGCUGGGGACACGCGGAGCUGGGGACACGCGGAGCUGGGGACACGCGGAUCUGGGGACACGCGGAGCAAGGGACUCGCAGAGCUAAGGACACGGGAGAUUAA